AUGGGAGCCUGUCUAUCGUCUGAGGGUCCACUCGUCUCCGAGGAGGACAAGCGGAAGCACCGGGAGGUCGAGCGCGAGCUCAAGGAGGCGAAAGCGACGCUCGACAAGCAGAUCAAAGUCCUCCUCCUCGGCUCGGGCGACUCGGGCAAAUCCACGAUCCUCAAGCAGAUGCGCCUCAUCCACCACGUCGACUUUUCGGCGCAGGAGGUCGAGCACUACCGCCAGCUCGUGUUCGGCAACCUCACGCACGGCAUGCGCUACGUCCUCGACGCCAUGGACGACUUCGGCCUCAAGCUCGCCCCGGAGAACGAGGGAUACGUGGACCUGAUCGACGCCGCGCCGGACGUGAAGGACGGCGAGCCGUUCCCGGCGGAGUACCGCGAGCCGCUACGCGCGCUUUGGCAGGACAAGAACGUGCGGGCCGCCGUUCUGCGGGGAAACGAGGCCGCGUUGCCGGAAAACGAAGCCGCCGUUCUAACGACGACUACUUUCUUUUUCCUUCUCGCGCGUUUUCACAGUUUGACGUACUUCUACGAGCAGCUGGACGUGCUGUUCGCGCCGGACUAUCGGCCGACGGAGCAGGACAUCGUGCACACGCGCGCGCGGACGAUCGGGAUCACGGAGACGAAGAUCACGUUCAACGAUAAGGAGCUCCUCGUCGUCGACGUCGGUGGGCAGAAGAGCGAGCGGCGGAAGUGGAUACACUGUUUCCAGGACGUGACGAGCAUCUUGUUCCUCGCGAGCUUGAGCGGGUACGACCAGUGCCUCGUCGAGGACAAGGACGCGCACCAGAUGCAGGACGCGAUGACGAUCUUCGACUCGAUAUGCACCUCGGCGUGGUUCAAGCAGACGUCGAUCAUCCUCUUCUUGAACAAGCAGGAUCUCUUCGAGCAGAAGAUCCAGCACUCGAACAUCAAAGAUUUCUUCCCCGACUAUGAGGGCGCCCCCGGCGACGCCCGCGCCGGGCGGGAAUACUUCCGCUCCCGGUUCGUCAAGCUCGCCGCGAAAGCGGGGCGGGGCAAAGACCGCGAGAUCUACGUCCACUUCACGACGGCAACGGACACGACGCUGUUGCGGGCGGUGCUGGCCGCAGUCGAGGAGUGA